AUGUCCAAGGUGGAUGCUGAAGUCAUCAUUGUUGGCGCCGGUAUCGGUGGCCUUACACUCGCUGCAAUCUGCAAACGGCUGCGCAUCACUUGCAAAGUUCUGGAGAGAACCGAGGUUUUGCAGCCUGUUGGUGCUGGAAUUUCUCUGGCCCCUAAUGCUCUUCGGGUCCUUGAUCAGAUUGGUGUCUACGAAGAACUUCGGGAGACUGCCCAGAAGCUGCAAAAGCUGCAGAUCUGGCGCAAUGCUACCCGGUGGAAUAGCUUGAGUUUGGACACAUUUGAGCCUACUUAUGGCUACCCAAUCCUGUCUGCUGAGAGACACAACUUCCACAGACUUCUUUACAAGGCGGCGGGCGAAGAAGAGAAUGUUGUUCUGGGCUCCAAGGUUGUCGACAUAGUUGACACUCCCGGCGAGCCCGUGCGUGUCGUUAUUGAGGGAGAAACAGAGUAUCGUGGCAUUAUUAUUGUCGGAGCAGAUGGCAUCCGAUCAGCUGUCCGACGAGCUCUCUUGCGCAAAACUGGUCAGGAGGCGGCGGCCAAUACCAUCCAGUUCACUGGACGUGUGCAUUUUUCUGGAAUAACCAGCCCGCUACCAAACUGUGGCCCCAAGGAGCUUGGUGUUGCCAAUUGGAUGCUUUACGAUCAAGCCAUCCUGACCACCUGGCCAUGCAAGGAUAACAGACAGUGGUAUAUUGGGGUCAAGGCAACAUGGAUCGAAAAUGCCACAUGGGAACCUGUCUUAGUUCACUAG